GUUCCAAAUAUUAAUAGUUUUUUUAUGUACGAAUAACGAAUCUGAAUAGUGUCUUCGUGCCAUGCCUUCCAUCGUCGCAUUCAGUUAGCUAUUAACUAGUCUUAAUUAGCUACUGUAUCAUCUGUAGUAAUUAAUUUUUGCUUCACCUUCAUAUCGUUCUGUGUAUGUCACAAUCACAGUCGGAAGAAUUUUAUCGCUUGUCUCACGGACAAGAUGCUUGUUACUUACGUAGUUCUUGCUUGUUGUUGCUCCAGUUAGGCGUCCAUGCAUAAAUUGUGUGCAGCAUGUCUUUGAAGAAUUCUGUCCCCUCCCAUGUGAUAUUGAAUCGGGCCUCAUCCAAUUUUGAAAUCCAGCGAUUAGAUUCAUCUAGCUCGGCCUCUUCUCGAGGCACGAGCAAUCCGCUGAUGAAAAAAGCUAAAAAACUCUUGGCGCGCUUGAUGAAAAACCAGAGGAAUCUCCUGAAGGACACCAGACAUGGAUCAUCGUACAUUUUCGGGGAGCCCAGUGUCUACCAUGCCUUGGUUGUCAUAUUCCUGGAAUUCUUCGCAUGGGGACUUCUUACGACCCCCAUGAUUUCCGUACUUAAUAAAACUUUUCCAGAGGAUACGUUUUUAAUGAAUGGAAUUAUUGUUGGUAUCAAGGGUUUGUUGUCUUUUUUGAGUGCUCCUUUAAUCGGCGCUCUUUCGGAUUCGUGGGGCAGAAAAACCUUUUUGCUAAUCACCGUCUUCUUUACUUGCCUUCCCAUACCGUUUAUGAUUGUUAGUCCUGGAUGGUACUUUGGACUGAUCUCAAUCAGCGGAGUGUUCGCUGUCACGUUUUCUGUAGUUUUCGCUUACGUUGCGGAUAUCACUGACGAAAGUGAAAGAAGUCAAGCGUACGGUCUGGUUUCGGCUACAUUUGCAGCCAGUCUUGUGACCAGUCCCGCACUGGGUGCUUUUCUCAGUGAUAUUUACGGCGAGGAAGUGGUGGUGGCAUUGGCCACAGCCAUUGCACUACUGGAUGUGCUUUUUAUUUUAUCGUUCGUCCCCGAAUCGCUUCCAGAGAAAGCCAGAUUUGCUAAUUCAUCGAACUUUUCGUGGGAGAGUGCCGAUCCGUGUUCAAAUCUGAAGAAACUUGGGCACGACCGAGUGAUCCUUAUUGUGAGCCUAACGACUUUCUUGUCGUAUUUGCCUGAAGCUGGUCAAGUUUCGUGUAUAUUUGUGUACUUGCGGUUGGUUGUGGGAUUUUCCAUGGAAAUGGUUGCCGCCUUCAUCGCUUUUGUGGGAAUAUUGUCCGUAGUCGCUCAAACUGUGUUAUUAACUCAUUUGAUGAAAACUUUGGGUAGUAAAAGCACUAUUGCAGUCGGCCUAAUUUUUGAAGCGCUGCAGCUUGCUUGGUACGGCUUCGCACAGCAGACAUGGAUGAUGUGGGGGGCUGGAUCCCUUGCCGCUGUUUGCAGUAUUACUUAUCCAGCCAUCAGUGCAUAUGUAUCGAAUUAUACGGAAACUGAUAAGCAAGGUUUGGUUCAGGGUGUUAUAACUGGGAUCCGGGGUUUGUGUAAUGGUCUCGGUCCGGCUGUUUAUGGGUUGAUAUUCUCGCUCUUUCAUAUGGAUAUGAACGAAAAGAAAUUCGGUGAAAGUAAUCCGGCCAGUCUGCACAAAAUGAAAAUUGGCAAUGCCACUGCCACACCGUCAGUGUCCAGCAAACAAAGUAUAAUACCGGGUCCCCCUUUUGUUUUCGGCGCUUUUCUUGUGAUAUGCGCUUUGCUUAUGUCUGCGUGGAUUCCGGAACUGGUAUUUCCUGACAAACCAAAACGGCCAAAAACGGUAACACCCACCAUGAGUUUCGUGGCCGAUGACGAAGACGAAGAGGACGUCGAGGUUUACAGGAAAGAGAAUAUAUCCAGGUUCGAAGGCAGCACGCUGAUCAAUUUUGAUAAUGUUGAUUUAGAUAUGCUCUAUGCUUUGCAUACUGUGCCACUGUGUUGAGUUCCUGGGCUUAUUUUUCUAGCGUCUUAAUUUGUAAUUUAGGACAGCAGACUCGAAUAUUAAUGAAUACGUUUUACUUGUCCGUUGAUCAUUGCCGUCUCUGUUGGCUUGGCAGUUUCGCAAGUGCAGUGAGCGGUCGAAGGAAUAAAGUAGUGCUCAAGCAAUUAAAAUUUUAAA